CGGGACGCGGCAGCUGCGGGGCAAAUGUCCGGCGGCUGCGGGGCAAAUGUACGGCCACUCCUCUCGGCUAAAGGGGGCAUGAAACUGUGGAAGGAGGCGGCAGGGCUCGGCUGCAAGAUGGAGGGCGUGCGUUGGGCUUUCGGUUGCGGCUCCUGGCGGCCUCGCUGCUCCGAGUGGCUGCUGGCGGCUCGCUGUGUGCAGGACGAGGAGAGGGAGCGCAUCGGCCGCUUUAUCUUCGCCAAAGACGCCAAGGCCGCCAUGAGUGGACGACUCAUGAUCAGGAAGUUAAUUGCUGAAAAGAUGAAGAUUCCCUGGAAUGAAAUCCAGCUAAAACGGACUAUUAAAGGAAAACCGUUUCUUGCCAAUCCUGUCCUCAACAUCAUCCCAAAUCUUAACUUUAAUAUUUCACAUCAAGGAGAUUAUACUGUUUUGGCAGCAGAACCUAUUUUGCAAGUUGGUGUAGAUAUCAUGAAGACUGACUUUCCAGGUAGCACCUCUGUUGCAGAAUUUUUCCGAAUUAUGAAAAGACAAUUCACAGAUCAUGAAUGGAAUACAAUCCAUACAGCAGGUGAUGAAUGGGAAAAACUGGACAUAUUUUACAGAUACUGGGCUCUGAAAGAAAGCUUUAUAAAGGCGGUAGGCAUUGGCGUUGGAUUUGAUCUGCAGAGAAUUGAAUUCCAUGUCUCGCCAUUACAUUUACAAGAAGGGCAUGUUCAUAAGGAGACAAUAAUGUUUUUGGAUGGAGAAGAGGAAAAAACCUGGGCGUUUGAGGAAACUAUGCUGGAUGAUCGUCAUCAUGUUGCUGUUGCACUUGGCAAACAAGACACCAUUGGCAAAUACCCAGGAGAGGUACAAGAGAAUAUCAAUGAGGAACCAUCCCAGUUCAUACUGUUGACAUAUCAGGAUCUAACCUCAUCAGCUAUUACUAUGGCUCCAGAAGAUCCAAUGUACUGGAGAAACUUUGAAGCCAAAGAAGAGAAACCAAGUCGCCAGCGUAAGAUGCCAGUAUAGCUUGGUGCUGCUUGAAGCAGAAUAGUAGUGGAAACCCCGGUAUUAACGAUGACAGAAACUGGACAGUAAACGGAGGCACUUGCAAUCUAUUUACCUCUUUUCCUCAGGAUGAGUGAGAGAAAACCUUGUACUGAAUGUUUGAUGUGCACUCUGGGUUUAGUCAAAGCCAUUGGUUUUAUACUACUGAUUCAUAGACACACUGAUAGGUUGAGAUGCUUUAAAAACACGCGUUAUGCUUUUCAAUUAAGUAUUUCACAACAGAAUAAAUAUAUGUAGGUAAACUAUUGUUUCUCGUGAUUCAUGAAAUGAAGCCACAAUGUUGAAAUACUAAACGCCUUCAAGGUUUAAGGAUAUGUUCUGAAGAGUAUUUUUCUCCAGCUAACCAUGUUCCAUUGGAAAUGCUUGAGUUUUAGAUUAAGAGCAGGAAUGGCUGAAAAGAUGCCACACUAUUAAACAAAAUGAGAUUGCAUUUUUAAUGGAUAAUGUACUGACCAGGACUGAUAAAUAUACAGAAAUCUAGGAAUAAAUGGGACAUUUUAAGGUUGUGACUAUUGGGGUGUUGCAGGGAUUGAUGCAGCAUCCCAAGCUGUUCAUAAUCUGGAUGAGUGAAACCAGUGUGAUGUAUCCAUGUUUGCUGACAAUGCAGGAAGACUGCAGGUAAGCUUCAGGUGGAUG